AUUCUUCUAAUCAACAUUCAGUUUUCGGUUUUAGUGAAGAUGGUUCAGAAGCACAAUCUUGGUACUUUUGAUUACAUUAUUAUUUGCCUUUCCCUAAUUAUUUCAGCAGUUAUUGGAAUUGCUGCAAAAUAUUAUGGAGGUAAACAAAAAACUGCCAGAGAGUAUCUAUUGGCGGGAAAAAAUAUGGCCAAAUUUCCUGUGAUAUUUUCAAUUGUUGUGACGCUAGUAUCGGCGUUUUCAAUACUUGCAGUACCGGUUGAGGUUUACAGAUUUGGUAUUGGCAUAUAUAUUUGCAUAUUCAUGAUACCAAUUGGAAUGUUUUUAGCUUCUGUCGUUCUUAUUCCUGUGUAUUUUCAGUGUGGAGUGUCUACUGUAACAGAGUUUCUAGAGAUGCGGUAUGGAAACAUAAUAAGAUACAUGGUAUCCGUAGUUUUCCUGAUUCAGAUGAUGUCUUUCAUAGCGAUAGCUCUCUAUGGUGCUGUUUUAGCACUCAGCGCAGUCACGAAUUUGUCAUUGGAAAUGUCUAUUGUAUCAUUAGGAGCUGUUUGUGCUUUGUAUUGUUCAGUGGGAGGAUUAAAAGCUGUUUUAUGGGCUGAUGUUUUCCAAGCCACUCUCAUGUUUAUUUGCGUGUUUUCAAUCUAUACAACUGGAAUCAGAGAUGGAGGUGGCAUUUCUAAAAUUUAUCAGCAAGCAAAAGAAGGACAAAGAUUGGUUUUGUUUGAUUUCAAAUGGGAUCUUACGAGACGCUAUGGAUUCUGGGUUUGUUUAGUCCAUGGUACUAUUACUGGAUUCGCAAUGUAUGGAACAAAUCAAAUUCAAGUUCAAAGAAUGCUAAGUUUAAGCACAAUAGAUAGAGCAAAAUCCACUCUUCGGAUUAGUACUAUCCCUGUGAUGUUGACAUACUUGACAUGUAGUUCUGUAGGACUAUUAUUAUAUUCCAUUUACUUCAACUGUGAUCCAAUUUUGAAUAAAGAACAAACUGGUCUGAAGAAAUACGAUCAAAUCAUUCCUGCCUAUGUUGUAAACACGUUUCAUUCUAUACCUGGAAUGACUGGAUUAUGUAUAGCUGGUAUAUUCAGCGCUUCACUAAGUACAAUAUCAUCUGCCCUGAAUUCAGCCGCUACAGUCACAGUCAUUGACUUUAUAAAACCUUUUUAUAGAAAAGGAAAUAUUUCCGAUUUCAAAAUUAUUUUAAUGACUAAAAUAAUUUCUCUCAUUUAUGGGGCUAUUGGUAUUGGUCUAAGUUUUCUGUUCUUAAAAGCAACUAGUUUGCAACAUCUUCUGCAAGUCUUAUUAUCUGCACCACAGGGUGUCAUAUUUGGAGUCUUUUUAAUUGGAGUGCUCACAAGGAAAGUAUCUGACAAGAGUAUAUCUGUAGCUGUAUUCCUAUCAUACAUGAUAGUUGCAUGGCUAUCCAUCGGAUCUUUAACAAGCAAGUACAGCCAAACUCCUUUACCAUUAAGUGCCAGCUCUUGCCCAUAUUUAGGCACUAAUUCCAGUGUAGUUACGCCUUCAUGUCUAAACGAAGCCAAUUGUACUGCCUCAAUGAUAUCAACAAAACCUCCCCCUAAAGAAAUAUUUUUCCUUUAUAAAAUCUCUUUCAUGUGGCAUAACGUUCUUGGGCUCUUCUUAACUUUAUUUUUUUCGGCAAUUGCUGUCUUAAUAACAGGUUGGCGAAAUAAUGUGGUGCCAAUUGACUCAAAAUGCCUAAGUCCAGUGACUAAGCUUUGGAUGAAGAAAACAACAGAGAAUAAAGAAAACAACAUACUUUCUGGUUUUGAAACGUCUGAACAAACACAUCAAUUGUAGAUUUAAAUGUGAAAAAAAAAAUCUCUUGUAAAUAAAAUAAUCUUAAAUAUUUUUA